UUAGCCAUGUUUCCGAGCCCAUGGCAACAACCGCGUUUCACUGGAUCAUUUUAUCCAUCAUCAAUUCCCAUAAUGCUCCGAGAGAUGCCAAAAUAUUUAGGUUUUCUAGGUAUGAUGGCGCUAGGUGCUGUACACUAAAAAAAGAGUAACCGAAAGCCUGGUGGGACUUUUAUUAACUGCGAGGAAAAAACGGAGCGGCGACCUACUGAUGUUGAAAUCUAGCUGCUGAGAUUCAUGGAAAAAGGACACGACAGCUCCACCAGUAUGGCAACGUCAGAGCUGUACACAAAGUUUGCUCGGGUGUGGAUCCCUGAUGCAGAUGAGGUGUGGAAGUCAGCAGAGCUCACUAAGAACUACAAACAUGGAGAUUCCACCCUACACCUCACACUGGAGGAUGGAAUGGACAUUGAGCACAAGCUGGAUGAUAAGACAAAGAACCUUCCUCACCUCCGGAACCCUGACAUCCUGGUGGGGGAGAAUGACCUCACAGCUCUUAGCUACCUCCACGAGCCGGCUGUCCUGCACAACCUUAAAGUCCGCUUCACCGACUCCAAACUCAUCUACACGUACUGUGGUAUUGUGCUGGUGGCCAUUAAUCCCUAUGAGAACCUUCCCAUCUACGGUAGUGACAUCAUCAAUGCGUACAGCGGGCAGAACAUGGGAGACAUGGACCCUCACAUCUUCGCUGUGGCUGAGGAGGCUUACAAACAGAUGGCCAGAGAUGAGAGGAACCAGUCUAUAAUCGUAAGCGGUGAGUCAGGAGCAGGGAAGACUGUGUCAGCUAAAUACGCCAUGCGUUACUUUGCUACGGUCAGUGGAGCAGCCACAGAGGCCAACGUAGAGGAGAAGGUCCUCGCAUCCAACCCCAUCAUGGAGGCGAUAGGAAACGCUAAGACGACUCGUAACGACAACAGCAGUCGUUUUGGGAAGUACAUUGAGAUCGGCUUUGACAAACACUACCGGAUCAUUGGAGCUAACAUGAGGACAUAUCUACUGGAGAAGUCUAGAGUGGUGUUUCAGGCGGACGAGGAGAGGAACUAUCAUAUCUUCUACCAGCUGUGUGCGUCCUCCCAUCUACCAGAGUUCAAGAAUCUGAAGCUAGGUAGUGCUGAUGUCUUCCACUGCACCAACCAGGGCCGGAACCCAGUCAUCGAUGGAGUCGACGAUGCUAAAGAGAUGUGCACAACACAACAUGCCUUCUCACUGCUAGGCAUCAACGAGUUGAACCAGAAGGGGCUGUUCCAGGUCCUGGCUGCCAUCUUACAUCUGGGCAACGUGGAGAUCAAGGACCGAGACUCUGACAGCAGCAUCAUACCUCCCAAUAAUCGCCACCUGACGGUGUUCUGUGAGCUGAUGGGCGUGACCUACCAGGACAUGUCUCAUUGGCUGUGCCACAAGAAGCUGAAGACAGCCCAGGAGACCUACAUCAAGCCCAUCCCUCGGCUGCAAGCCUCCAACGCCCGCGACGCGCUCGCCAAACACAUCUACGCCAAAGUCUUCAACUGGAUCGUGGACCAUGUCAACAAAUCUCUGCGCGCCACCGUCAAACAGCACUCCUUCAUAGGAGUCCUGGAUAUCUAUGGGUUUGAGACGUUUGAGAUCAACAGUUUUGAGCAGUUCUGUAUCAACUAUGCUAACGAGAAACUGCAACAGCAGUUUAACAUGCAUGUGUUCAAGCUGGAGCAGGAGGAGUAUUUGAAGGAGCAGAUUCCCUGGACUCUGAUAGACUUCUAUGAUAACCAGCCAUGUAUCAACCUCAUAGAGGCCAAGAUGGGAGUACUAGACCUGCUGGACGAAGAGUGCAAGAUGCCUAAAGGUUCAGAUGACUCGUGGGCCCAGAAGCUGUAUAACACCCAUCUGAAGACCUGCUCUCUGUUUGAGAAACCUCGCAUGUCCAACAAAGCCUUCAUCAUACAGCACUUCGCUGACAAGGUGCAGUACCAGUGUGAUGGCUUUCUGGAGAAGAACAAGGACACAGUGAAUGAAGAGCAGAUCAAUGUCCUGAAGGCAAGCAAGCUAAAGUUGGACCUGCUAGUGGAGCUGUUUCAGGAUGAGGAGAAAGUGACCAGUCCGACAGGGACCGCUCCAGGAGGUCGAACACGACUCAGCGUCAAACCAAAAGAGAUCAGAUCUGGAGCAAGCAGCAAGGAGCACAAGAAGACUGUUGGCUGCCAGUUCCGGAACUCUCUGGCUAUGUUGAUGGAGACUCUGAAUGCGACCACUCCUCACUAUGUUCGCUGCAUCAAGCCCAACGACCUCAAGUUCCCCUUCACGUUUGACCCUAAGCGAGCGGUGCAGCAGCUCAGAGCCUGUGGUGUUCUGGAGACCAUCCGCAUUUCAGCCGCAGGCUUCCCAUCCAGGUGGACCUACCAGGAGUUCUUCAGUCGUUACCGGGUUCUGAUGAAGCAGAAGGACGUCCUGUCGGACAGGAGGCUGACCUGUAGGAACGUCCUGGAGAAACUGGUGCAGGACCAGGACAAGUACCAGUUUGGUAAGACUAAGAUCUUCUUCAGGGCUGGUCAGGUUGCCUACCUGGAGAAGCUGAGGGCUGAUAAGCUGAGGAAGGCGUGCGUCCGCAUCCAGAAGACCAUCCGCUGCUGGCUGGUACGCAAGAAGUACCUCCGCAAGAAGCAUGCUGCCAUCACCAUCCAGAGAUACACCCGCGGACACCAGGCCCGCUGUCUGGUUAAGUACAUGCGUCGUACCCUGGCAGCCAUCACUAUCCAGAAGUUCCAGAGGAUGUGUGUCCAGAGGAAACUGUACCUACAGAAGCAGGCUGCUGCCCUGGUCAUGCAGACUAUCCUCAGAGCAUACAUGGCCCGACAGAAAUACCAAGGGUUGCUGCGUAACCACAAAGCUGUGUUCAUCCAGAAACACGUGCGUGGCUGGCUGGCAAGACAGCGGUACAAGCGCUCUCUGCGAGCCAUCGUCUAUCUGCAGUGCUGCAUCAGGAGGAUGAAGGCCAAGAAAGAGCUGAAGAAGCUGAAAAUCGAGGCCCGCUCCGUUGAACAUUUCAAGAAACUUAACGUUGGCAUGGAGAAUAAGAUCAUGCAGCUGCAGAGGAAGUUAGACGAACAGGCUAAAGACAACCGUGUGACUAGCGAGCGGCUGAACUCUCUGGAGACGUCCCACGCGGUGGAGAGUGAGAAGCUGAAGGUAGAGGUGUCUAAGCUGAAGGGGAUAGAAGAGGAAGCCAAGAACAACGCCAACCGUGUCACUUCCCUUCUGGAGGAGCUGGAGAGGCUGAGGAAGGAGCUGACCACCACCCAGAAAGAGAAGAAGACCAUAGAGGACUGGGCUACCAAGUACAGGGAUGAGAUGGAAAAGAUGGUAGCAGAGCUGAAGCAGCAGAAUGGUCUGCUGAAGACCGAGAAAGACGACCUGAACCGAAUGAUCAAGGAACAGAGCCAGCAGAUGACAGAGAAAAUGACUCGUGCAUUAGUGGAGGAGACUCAGCAGUUGGAGAGCGAUCUGAACGAGGAGAGGUCUCGCUACCAGAACCUCCUAACAGAACACCUGAGACUGGAGGAACGCUACGACGACCUCAAGGAAGAAAUCACUCUCUCUGUGAGCGUGCCCAAGCCCGGCCACAGGAGAACAGACUCCACCCACAGCAGCAACGGAUCAGAGUGCACCUACAACUCCGAGUUCGCCGAAUCAGAAGAAAGUUCCCGACAUGGAGAAGAUGUGACCCGGGGCAUGGACACGUCUCUGACUCUGAAGCUGCAGAAGCGCGUGACCGAGCUGGAGCAGGAGAAAUCCUCUCUCCGCAACGAGCUAGAAAACAAGGAGGAGCAGUUCCAGCGGGCUAGAGUCAGGGAUGAUGAGGAGCAUAAGAAAUCACGUGGAGCAGAACUGGAGUACGAGUCUCUCAAGCGCCAGGAGCUGGAUUCCGAGAACAAGAAGUUGAAGCACGACCUGACCGCCAUGAGGCAGAGCCUGCUGGGUAAUGCAGGCGCUGGGGCGGGGGCACCAGGAAGUCCACCCUACAAAGUUCUCAUGGACCAACUGAACUCCUCGUGCGAGGAGCUGGAGGUGCGGAAAGAGGAGGUGCUGAUUCUACGAUCUCAACUGGUCUCACAGAAGGAGGCCAUGCAGCACAAGGAUGAGAAGGAGACAAUGACAGAGCCAGUGCACUAUGCAGAGGAUGUCCAUAAGAUGAAGGACUCUGGUGCAAUCACUCAGGCUUAUCUAGGACUCAAAGAGACCAACAGAUCUCCCAGGUUCUUGCGUAAACCACUAGAAGCCAAUGAGCUCCUUAAUCGCCUCAGAUCCCCCACUGCUGACUUCCAUAGGCUGAAUGAGGACGGAGAGCUGUGGCUGGUAUAUGAAGGGUUAAAGGAGACCAACAGACUGUUGGAGGGCCAGAUGCAGCAGCAGAGGCGUAGCUAUGACAACGAGGUGGAGGUGUUGCGAGGGGAGUUACAGAGUGUUAAAGAGGAGAAUAACCGUCAACAACAGCUGCUAGCCCAGAACCUGCAGCUCCCACCAGAGGCACGCAUAGAGGCUAGUCUACAGCAUGAGAUCACACGACUCACCAACGAAAACCUGGAGAUGCUGAGGACUGAGGAUCCAACAGCAUAUCGCAGCGCCAAAGUCAACAUAUUACGACGGAUGGUUGACCUCAUGGAACAGCUGGAGAAGCAGGAUAAAACUAUCCGUAAGCUUAAGAAACAGCUGAAGGUGUUCUCGAAGAAGAUUGGAGAAAUGGGAGCUGGCCAUGUUGAGACUAUAUCUCCGGGUCAGAUGGUUGAAGAGACGGUCCGUCCGGUGAACAUUCCUCGUCGCGAGAAAGACUUCCAGGGAAUGUUGGAGUACAAGAAGGAGGAUGAGCUGAAACUGGUUAAGAACCUCAUACUGGAGUUGAAGCCUCGUGGUGUAGCGGUGAAUCUGAUCCCAGGCCUGCCAGCCUACAUCCUGUUCAUGUGUCUGAGGCAUGCUGACUAUGUCAACGAUGACCAGAAGGUCAGAACGCUGCUCACAUCCACCAUCAACAGCAUCAAGAAGAUACUCAAGAAACGGGGGGAUGACUUUGAGACGGUCUCUUUCUGGCUGUCCAACACCUGCCGCUUCCUACACUGUCUCAAACAGUACAGCGGAGAUGAGUCGUUUAUGAAGCACAACACUCCUAAGCAGAAUGAUCACUGCCUGUCUAACUUUGACCUGGCUGAGUACCGUCAGGUCCUCAGUGACCUGGCCAUUCAGAUCUACCAGCAGCUCAUCAAAUGCAUGGAGAGCAUCCUACAGCCCAUGAUUGUCUCUGGUAUGUUGGAGCAUGAGACCAUCCAGGGUGUGUCGGGGGUUAAGCCAACCGGUCUGCGUAAACGGACAUCGAGCAUCGCUGACGAGGGAACCUACACGCUGGAAUCCAUCUUACGCCAGCUCAGCGCUUUCCACUCCACCAUGUGUCAGCACGGCACCGACCCUGAACUCAUCAAACAGGUUGUGAAGCAGCAGUUCUACAUCAUUGGAGCUGUGACUCUCAACAAUCUGCUGCUGCGUAAAGACAUGUGCUCCUGGAGCAAAGGCAUGCAGAUCAGGUAUAACGUGAGUCAGCUGGAGGAGUGGCUGCGUGACAAGUCUCUGAUGCUGUGUGGAGCCAAGGAGACUCUGGAGCCUCUGAUUCAGGCUGCUCAGCUGCUGCAAGUCAAGAAGAAGACGGACGAAGACGCUGAGGCCAUCUGCUCCAUGUGCAACAGCCUGUCCACAUCUCAGAUUGUGAAGGUGUUGAACCUGUACACUCCAGUCAACGAGUUUGAAGAGAGGGUGUCUGUUACCUUCAUACGAACCAUACAGACUCGUUUGCGGGACCGCUGUGAGACUCCUCAGCUGUUGAUGGACACUAAGAUUAUCUACCCAGUCACCUUCCCUUUCAACCCCUCCUCUCUGGCCCUGGAGACUAUCCAAAUACCAGGCUCCCUCAACCUAGCCUUCCUUACCCGCGUCUAACACACAACUAAUAGAUAGGCUAUACAUAGGUACACAUGCAAUCACAAACCAUUCUCUUCCUAACACAUCCAAACACUUACAUACAGUACACACACACAUACACACACUCAGCUUCCACCCUACGGUAGUCUUUAUGUCAGUAGUUGAAAGCCCAUCCUCCUCCGCGUGUACAAAUGCUCAACUCUAAGAGAAUGCACCGCUACAGGCCACCUUUUCUCCUAUCUUACCCCCUUUUACUAAGCUACACUCCCCACCUAAAACCCCAUUUAACACCUAGUACCGUGUUCCCCCAGUCCCCUUUUCUCCUCUGUGUUCUCUUCUCAAUCGUGUAGUGUUUUCUAGCAGUCCGGUUCUCCCAUAGGAAUGUAUUACGGUACACUUAAGCUAGCUGUCCAGGGCUAGCAUCACAGCUAGCUAGCUCCUUCAGCUGAGCUCAGCUAGCAUCUGUUGUGUUAUGAUAGGAUGCUAACGCUGCUACAGUUAUCUAGCUAGCAUCUGUUGUGUUAUGAUAGGAUGCUAACGCUUCUACAGUUAUCUAGCUAGCAUCAGUUCUGAGUACAUCGUUAUCAAGUCACCCACUGAACACAGUCAAGCCAAGUGCAGUACCCAUUGUCUGUACCAUACUUUUAUACAUAUAUAAAUACAUAUAAAUAUGAAUAUAUAAAUAUAUAUCACACUAGGGUGUUUUAUUUAUUGCAUUUAUCUCACUCCCUUUCCUAAAAUACGUUUUUCUUUGCAGACAGAAAACAUGGAUACCAUAGACAUGUAGGCUUAUCUCUCCAGCUUUCCAGACUGGUUCCAGACUGGUUCCAGACUGGUUCUAGACCGGUUCCAGACCGGAGAGAAGUAUGGCCGUGGAAAGACCACUAGAGUCCUAUAGUAUUAGAAUUAUGUCUAUAGCAGAUGAACUAUGUAGUCUCAUUUAAUUAGCGCUAUGUAAUGUAGGUUUUUAUUUGUUUAGCUCAUGAUGUAUUGUGCUUUAAGAUCUCUCUGCCGUAGCUUGGUCCUGUGUAACCUGCUUCUCUAGUAGAGCUGCACUUUAGCACCGCUGCACCAGAGGUUGAAAUGGAGGAUUAGACUGGAACAGAGGUUGAAAUGGAGGAUUAGACUGGAACAGAGGUUGAAAUGGAGGAUUAGACUGGAACAGAGGUUGAAAUAGAUAGAGGAUUAGACUGGAACAGAGGUUGAAAUAGAUAGAGGAUUAGACUGGAACAGAGGUUGAAAUAGAUAGAGGAUUAGACUGGAACAGAGGUUGAAAUAGAUAGAGGAUUAGACUGGAACAGAGGUUGAAAUAGAUAGAGGAUUAGACUGGAACAGAGGUUGAAAUAGAUAGAGGAUUAGACUGGAACAGAGGUUGAAAUAGAUAGAGGAUUAGAGGAUUAGACUGGAACAGAGGUUGAAAUAGAUAGAGGAGGAUUAGACUGGAACAGAGGUUGAAAUAGAUGGAGGAUUAGACUGGAACAGAGGUUGAAAUAGAUGGAGGAUUAGACUGGAACAGUGGUUGAAAUAGAUAGAGGAUUAGACUUGCAAUAGAUGGCUAGACUGGACGAGUAGUUUAGAUAGGUAUGGGGAUAAAACUAUCAGGUUUAGACGGCUUCAGCUACUGUACUUGCUUCUCCACUUUAACUAAGUAGUUUGGUUCCAAAACCCCUACAAGAGAACUCACUAACUCACACAAACACACACUAGUGACUGUUGUUAAAAACAGAAGCACACUGGAUCCUACAUAUCCACUACCACAGCGUUUCCCAAAACGAUUGGUCGCGGCCCCAUGUGGGGUCGCCUGCUUUUUAAAAAUGGGGUAAAAAAAAAUACAAUAAAACCGCGCUAUGUUCAUAGAACCAGGGUUACGUCAGUAACCUCCGGUAGCCUCUAGAUACAGUUGUAAUAAACAGAGCGGUUUCUGUUCUCUUCCUACAAAUGUGGCUCUAUCUUUUAAACGGUUCAAGAUACAAAAUAUUAUGACCCCAUCACUGAAAGAUAAGACUCUCAGGAACACGUAUGUGUCUUCUGUUUCCCUCUACAAUGGCCAGAAGCCUCAUUAGGACAGAGUGGACAAGACCAGGAACUAAAUCAGCUAAAACAAUAAGUUUACAUUAGCGUUGAUUACAUCACUUUUUUCUACAUGGUGGAGUCGUGAUUUUUUUUUUUAGAUCAAAAUGGGUCUGCGGACCAAAAGAGUUGGAACUCCUGCAGUACCAACUACUACAUAUCUUCACUUCUAAAUAUCUACAUGUCCUCGCCCCACCACUCUGUCUGCUCCACUCUCUGUAGGUAUUCCUUUCAGUAUUAUAGCCUUGGAAAGAGGUUGUGUGUGUUACUAAACCUGGUUACCACUGAGCCAGUCUGUUUUACUGUAGUUGCUCUCAUAAUCCAUCACAUUUAGACUCAAUAUCAACCAUGUCUUGAAUGUUUUUUCCCUACAGCCUGUAUGAUAAUGCUGUCAUGCCAGCUUUACUCCAGAAACUAAAUCACUGCUUUGUAGACAAACUAUUACAUGCCCUGGCUACAGUCUCUACUCUAACCUACUCUAUCGCUUACCCCCUUCUUUCAUUCCCUACUAACCUACAAUAACAAUUCCUUCACUGUCUCCCAAACCCCCUCUUCACUGUGUCCCAACAUCAGCCAAGUCUGUUUUCAUGGCUCUACUUUUAGAGAAAGCAGCCAUGUUGUUACUCAGCACCAGAUAGUGACCAGGAGAGGGCGACGUUGGACACUACGUAACAUGACUGUGACUUCUAUAGAACCAGACGUUCUGCCAGAUGUUCUAUAGAAUCAAAGAAGAUCUACAAACAUUCUAUUCACUACUACUAAGGUCCUUCUAACCUCUGACUGGUCAACCGCUGAGGGACAGAAAGGAUAGAACUACAUUUAUCAUCAUCGUUGCCUCUCUUCCUUACUUGUGCCAUCAGUGUUCACCCAUACCCUAACUGCUCAUCAACCAUCAACUUUAUUUAACCAUCAGCCUUAUUGUUUAACCUUCAACCUUAUUUUACCGUGAACCUUAUUAUUUACCGUGACCUUUAUUUGCCUACCAGCCCUGACCCUUUGAACUUUGUUUCCUGGCCUAUAGAGAGACACGCGGCUCAGAAAAACAUAUUAUUAUUACUAUCGUUGAUGUAGAAGUCAAAUUCAUGUUUAAACUUGUUUUGUGGUGCAAUUUAAUUAAUAAUCAUAUAUUUAUUAUUGGGACCACCAUGAGUGUAUUGUAUAAAAAUAAAAAAAUUGCCUUUUUGUAACAUUUUUGCAGCGUUGCAUUUUAAUGAAGGAUUUUUAGGAAUACGUUUUAAGUUGUUCAACAUGUGUAUAGUGAUACCAGAUCUAAAAUGCAUAUCUGCAUCUUGGACGAUACUGGAAAACGAUAGUGGAAUACUGCAAGUUCUACCCUUGUGAAUGUUUUAGAGCUGUUAUUGAUCAUGCAUAUAGGAGGACUUCAUUGUUACUCAUGUUUGGAACAAAGCCUUACAUAUGAUGUUAAAAACACUAUCAUCUCCUGUCUUUGUGUCUGUCUGUUACACAACUACUGUUUUAAAAAGUAGCAUUAUUAUUAUUGAAUGUUUUGACAAGUUGUCCUUAGAUCUUAUUUCAGAGGCUGGGAUGGAAGGAUUGUUUUGCUUUCUGUCUAGUUGCACUUUUUGAAAUAUUUACUGAACAAGUUAGUAAACGCUGAUAAAGUAAGUUAACUAUCUGAUAUGAUUCUCAUUUCUUUGAUCAUCAUGUGGUUUAUGUUCCUCCAGAGAGGUCAUCUAGCUGUAGUCAUUUACACAGUAGAAGGCUAUAGUCUUAGUGACUGUCCCAAAUGGUACCAUAUUCACUAGAUAGUGCACAACUUUUGACCAGGGCCCAUAGGGAAAAGGGUGCCAUUUGGUAUGUACCCUUACUCCAUUUCUAUGAUAAGCCUUAUUUAAGCAGUGUAGAUGGACCACUCUUCCCGCUCUCCUCUUCCCUUAUAGUGUCCCACUCUGUACAUGCCGUGUGCCUCAGACAGGCUUGUUCAUGUAGACACUCUGUACAUGCUGUGUGCCUCAGACAGGCUUGUUCAUGUAGACACUCUGUAUAUGCUGUGUGCCUCAGACAGGCUUGUUCAUGUAGACACUCUGUAUAUGCUGUGUGCCUCAGACAGGCUUGUUCAUGUAGACACUCUGUACAUGCUGUGUGCCUCAGACAGGCUUGUUCAUGUAGACAUUCUGUGGUACGACCGGUCUUCACCUCAUUUGAGAUUUACAUUUUAACAUCUCCAGAUGGUUAUUAAAAUAGAUAAUUAAUAGAUAAUUAAAAUCUCCCUUUUUAUGGUUUUGACAAUUGAGGUCAAUGCUAAAGUAUCACAUCAAGUCACGACAUCAUCACUAACCGACACAUCUCAUUGAUCUAAUGAUCUUCAGACUACAGUCCACCUGUGGUAGAGAUGCUGAACUCUGCUCUUCUCCUCUCCAUCUCCUCGCUUCUGUUCACUUCUUUCUCCUCUCUCCUCCCGUCUGUACAUCAGGAGAACUGGACUGUGUGUAUAAUUCCUGGUAGCUGUACUAAGUGAAUGUGUUCACCAUUAAGAAACUUGGAAUAAGUUUAAAUUGUCAAACCCUGUAAAAGACAAAUAAAGGAAUUCAGCACUGAA